AUGACCAUCGAGAGCGCGGUGCACGCAUGCAAGCCCGUGGAUCAAAACAAAGCGGCAUGCGCAGGGGAUGUGCUCGGCAUCUCCGCCGCCUUUUCGGCUGUAGUUGCCUACCUCUCGGGCGUCGCCUCAAUUUGCCCUGUCCCAGUCAAUGUCAAGGCCAUGUGUGCAAGCGAUAUAGCGGACAUCAAUUACGGCAUUGGCACGCUGGACCUGCGAGCCCGGGCCACAGAGGAGAAGGAGCUGAUCCUCGAAGACCGCAAGUCCAACGCAAUGGCGAUGUGUGUCAUCAACGCGGCUGAAGCCGCUGCUUCCAUCAGGCAUGCAGUGCUUGGCAUCAGGGCAUCCAUUCAUACUUGCUCUCAGGUUGCCCAGGAUGCGAGAGAGGAGCGCGACAUUCCGUCGACGUGCUCGGCAGACAUCAGUCAGGUCUUGCAGCCAUUCUUCCUUGUCAUGGCGUACUUGUCCAAUGCGGCUGCUCUGGGCGGGGACACGCUGAUCGUUGGUGCGGCAUGCGCAAACUGGGUCCUGCCUGUCGUGGCGGGUUUAUCGGAAAUCGCGGCAGGGGCCAGCGGCGCAGCUGGCGACUGCGCCAAAGUCCCCUCGAUGGUCGUCCCCUUAGGCGAGAGUAACAGGGACAGGGGUGCGCGUUGA